AUGGCACCGUCGGCUGUUGAAACGGUUACCCAGGAAGCAGAGAAGCUUCUCGGGAAGACUGACAAGACUGAGAAGACCGACGGCCCAGCCCAGACCGAGCAACAGAUCCCCAAGGAGGUUUAUAAGAGCCACCGAGAGCCUCUCAAAUUGAGCGGAGCGCUCGACAGGUUUCGACAGUUCGACGUCACGCCAGUCAUCGGGCGUGAAUUCGUCGAUGUAGACCUGGCCGAGUGGCUACGUGCUCCCAACUCGGAUGAGCUGCUUAGAGAUUUGGCCAUUACUGUCUCUCGACGUGGUGUGGUUUUCUUCCGCAAGCAGGACAACAUCAGUGACGACCUUCAGAAGGAGCUGGUUCAACGACUCGGCGAGCUGUCGGGCAAGCCAGAGACAUCGAAGCUCCAUAUCCACCCCCUCAACAACUCGGGCCGAGAGGACGGCUCGAAGGACGACGAGAUCAGCGUCAUUUCUUCGGUGCAGGCAAAGAAGCUCUUCAGCAAGAGCCUCGGGUUCAGCACCACUCAGAGUCUGAAAGACACGCUGUGGGCUUCGGGCUAUGAAUUAUAUGAUCGCAUCUCUCCGCCUCUACGAGGCUUCUUGGAGACGCUCGUGGCACAUUUCGCCCAGCCUGGCUUCCAGAAAUCGGCCGAGAAGAACAACUUCAAAUUGCACCCGGGGCCACGGGGCGCCCCCGAAAACGUGGGUGAAAUCCUCGAGGCUUUCCAACCCGUGAUUCGCACCAACCCAGUCACGGGCUGGAAGAGCGUCUAUGCCGUCGGUCACCAUGUAGCCAGCAUCGUGGGCCUUUCGGAAGCAGAAUCGAAGCACUUUCUCGAUUGGUUCCUCCAGAUCCUGACCGAGAGCCACGACAUUCAAGUUCGGCUUCGCUGGCAAAAUGUCAACGAUGUGGCCAUUUGGGACAACCGGAGUGUGUACCACGCAGCCACUCCAGAUUACAUUGAUGACGAGGAUUUGGGCGAAAGGAAAGGAUCGCGGUCCGUGAGCCUGGGAGAGAGGCCCUAUCUCGACCCUCAAAGUGUUAGUCGCAGGGAAGGACUUGCUGCCGAGAAGGCCGCGGCUAGCAAUGGAAAGGCAUGA